UAGAAUAGUUAUCCCGAGCACGUGAAACCUUAUCAACAAAGUUUCUAGUGUUCGCGAGGGUAGCGUUGGCGGAGAAUGUCACCCGUUAGUAUUUUGAACCCUAUCGCUGAGUUCUUGGAUUUUGUAAACUACAUUUUAACACGCUUCAGAAACAUAAAUCAUUGCUGGCAAUGAUUACUAUAACUUGUUACGACCCUCCUCUUUCUGUAAGAUAUCAAAUGUUUUUAACGCCAGUGUUAGCCGCCUGAUUUAUACAACUUAUUUAACUUGUCUUAUUAAAAUGUCUAUAUUCGGCAGUUUGAUGGAAUAGCUAAGCCCGUUCACCCAAAGCUAUUUAGGUUUGAAUACUAAGGGUGCUCAAGGACGUAGUGUCCUUCUUUGCCUUGUGUUACAAAGGUAAUUAAAAUAGUGACUGUAUUAAGUGGCUCGACGACCACUGUAAAAAACAGAGCUCGUAGAAAAACGACCAGCCACAGAUGGUGUAAAUAUCAAGUGUGAAUUAUAGUCAAGAGAAAGGAAAUUAUUGAGUUCAGAAAAUUUACAGUCAGUACGGUUGAGACAGAACAAUCAGGAUUUACGACUAAGAACGUAUCUUGAUGAAUCUGUUUGACGCAAUACUGCAGGAAACAUCUGGAAAAGGACCUCAGUUGCAAAAGGAGCAAGUGAUGAAAGUUAAGGUCCUUCGGAGGCCCUGCAAUAAUUCGGGAAAUUAAUAUGAGACGUCUAAAUAUAGAUAGAAGAGACGGAAGUUUGAGUCAAGUUAUUAUCAGUCAAGGGUUAUUUAGACCAAGAAGUCAAUACUGUGGUAGUGAAAAUAUCGGUGCCUAAAAUGAAUAGAGACUGGUAAACAGAACGGUCUUGUUUCACAUUGUCUUGAAAUAGAUAGUUUGUAUUCUCAUUUCCUUGGUAACAGGAGAUGACUACUAAUUAUUCCAGGUGGCAGGGUUUAAAACACAAAUAGAUCAGUCUGAAAAGGGCUACAGCAUUCACACCGCCAACUAUUAGGCGAUAGUUAUUUGACGAAAAAUUAGAUUUGACCGUCACUCUUAUCACCUACGCACAACUCCAAAGAACGGAGCAAGUUUUUGCGGUAACGGAAUGUAAACCAGGAAUCCUUAGAUUCACAGUCCAGACACGCUAACUGCUAAGGUCACGCCCAGUCCAUCAUUCUGAGAGAAUUUGCUACGAUUUGAAGGAGAUGAAGAGAGAUGGAUAGCCAAUGGGAGGGGGUUGUGUAUUGGGGUUCAUGUCAAGACGACAGGUCUGUACUGAACGUGGAAGAAGCAGCGAAGUCACUAAAAUGUUGAAAGGAUUUUGGUUUAAACUUGGUGUAAGACUUUUCAUCAUAAAAUUUUUUCAACAUCUUGAGACGAGAGUUUAAGAAUGUCUUUAAAAAAUAGAACAGUUAGAGACCUGGCACAUUCUUAAAAGCUGGUUUAUGUGUAAGAGGUCAUGCCCAUAAAAUUUAGUCUGUCAACUAACGGAGAUAACCGCAACUGUUGAGAGUGAUUUACUGUCGAUAAUCAAUAGAAACAUAUUGCUAUUUCACUGCAUGAUAUUGAGAAUCAGUUGUUGAGUACGAUGUAGAAAGGAACUCCUCUGAAGAACGAUGCACGUUUCAGCAACAAACAUUUUAAACCAUUUAAAUCACGCCAAUUCGGACUCCACGUGUGAUAGCUAAUGUUCUCUGAACCUGUGUCAGUUGUUCGACAGUUUUAUGUAGCAAGCCCCACCCUGGUCUCUUUCAGCGCAUGCCACAAAUAUCGCUGUCGGCUGAGCAUCCGCUAGGGUGACCUUGGAGAGUUCGCUGUCUGCAGAGAAAAUAUAGGGUCAAGGGAAAAAAAAAGAAAAAAAGGCGAGCUUGCAACCAGUGUGUCUGGGGUACCUGUUCCAUUCCCUGUACGGGCACUACUUGAUAGAGCUCUACCAGGCAAAUGAUUCUUAUCUUUACAUUCCCGAACGUCAAACCAGGCCCUAUGAAGGUCAAAUUCAUUAUUCAAAAAAUAUAUAUAUAUAUAAGCUCUUAUUGGUUGUCAUGCGGAAAAUGAAAUCUGUUAUGAGCUGUUUAAAUAUCAUGUUGAAGAAUUUUGCAUUAUAAUUUUUUGGAAUAUUAGAACGACACAUCAUGGAUAAAACGGGCGUUUUUUAUUUUCGAGAACAAAAUGGACCAAUAGAUCUCAGUCUCAAAUCUGUCACAGAAAAUCGCGUUAAGAAAUGGGAAACGAAAUAUUUUAGAAAUGCAAAUAACCUCAGAGAAAAGAAUAUCACGAGUGUACAAGACCCAACCUCGACGAAAUGGCCGAAGAUUGCGAGUUUUAAUGGCGCGCCCUCUGCAGUGUCGUCCUCUUCAGUUCAGCCGCAAGAAUUUCGAGGACAUUUAAUCACAGAAAACUCAAACAUUGAAGAUAUUCAAGAGCAAAUGUCCCAAACUCCGUUUAUCUUGUCAUCUUCGAGUGUUCCUUUUGUAUGCGAUGCUCUUCUUCGAAUCCCUUACCCUAAGAGAAAUCUUCUCCCUGUCGAAACCUCGGGGCGUAACAAUUUUCAAAAACUGUCUUCAGUUGAAAAUGACGAAAUUCUGGACCGCAGUAGUGAGGAUGAAAGCAGGAAAGCUCAAGAAGGAAACGUCUACAGUUGCUAUCCGGAUAGGCGGGUAGUUCAGCAGUGUGAUUCCAGAUCCAGUUCUAGGAACAGUAAAAGCGAUUCAAAUACUUUUAACGAAGUAUUCUGUCUUACUAAAAACGACUUACUUAAUGUAUCGGAGUCUUCGCUCCCACAUUCCAACAGAGUUAAUGGUGAAAAUAGUUAUACGGCUAAAGUAUCACAAACUCUCCCAAACAGGUGCGAACACGAUGACGUGCUUGAAGAGGAGGAGUUACCAGAGGAUCUGUCUGUUAAUAAUUCUCAUCGACGUUUAGAAGAAUUUGUUAGUAUAGCACUGAGAUCGGAGAACAUUCGAAGUUUUACUGGACUUAGAAGGUCAGCAAGCUUUUGUAGUUUUUCCAGCAAUGCAAUGGAGCAAGAACGGUGUCACGCUUUAGACAGGUCAAGAAGCAAAUCAGAUAGCGAAACGCCAAGUUCUUCACCCAAUUUUAAAACAGAUUCAUCUCUAUGGUCAAAACAUUCUUUACGAGAUAAGGAUUUUAAUCGGAACCUAAUGGGAAGUCGUAGUUGUUCGAUAUCUCCUGAAAAUGACAAGGGAUUAUUAAGAAAUUAUUACAAUUACUAUCAUUCUCCAUUAAGCCAAAAUAUUUCCAACUCAUUACGCAAUCCAAAGCCCCUCGUAACAACAGUAGCUAAACAUUCAACAAGUCUCACAAAUCGUGGCAACAACUAUUGCGACCCUUCUCUGGUUAACCCUUCUGAUUUUUCUACCUUAGAAUCAGUGAACGCUACGUCAUUAGUUACCUCCAAUGACAAAAAUACUCUUUUGAAGAAAUUACGCCAAAUAACACCGUCCGGAUAUCCUUGGAAUGUGUACGGAUAUUACACUUAUCUAAUGCAGAUGUAUCACAAUCACGAAGCCAUAACCGGAACACCAGCUGAAGUGAAGAGCACCUUCCGCCUCUCACCUUCGCCUGCUUGUACGCCUCAGUUUUUGGCCGCAAGCUCUCCCAAACAGGAUAAUUUACCGGUGGAAGACGAAAACGUGAACGGUGCCGAAAAGAAACAAAAUCGAAUCUUAACUGGUAAGCACGUAAAGUAUGGAACCGGCGCCAGCCCUUCAACGUUACUUACUCUUCGACAAAAAAUUCAAGAAAGACAGAGAGCAAAAGAACUGGCCGAAAUUAACGAAGUUUUCUCCAAUGGAAAGAUUGUCGAAACUGGAAAAAAACGCAAUCGAUCAGCUCUGUUCAAAACUUCUUCAGCUAAAGAUGACCACCAAGAAAAAACCAGAAGUGGCUCAAAGUUUAAAAUUUCAAACAAGUGAUUUCCUAAAAAAUGUGAUGCGUCCAGUAGGGUUAAACCAUCGACGAGACAGCAGUAUGUCUACGGACUUACAACGCAGUGGACACAGCAGAUAGCCUAAUGUGGCUUUGCUCUAAAACAACCAAACAAACUCGAAUGGGAUCAUGAACAAAAAUAACAAGUUCCAGUAUUCAAACUGCAUUCCAGUUUUCACAACAUUUAAUGCGACCAAUUUAGUAGUGAUUGAAAGUAUUUAUGAUGGAAGGCUGAUUUUGUACAUAUGAAAUAACUUUCCAAUAUUUUUUUUAUGUAUUUACGGAAAAAUCUGUCCUAUUUUUGCAAUUUUCACAUUUUUUAUAUGUGUACAAAAAUUCCAUUUAUCAAACUAAUGAUGAAUGGAGAACCUACGAACUUUAAAAUAUCCAUUUAUCAAACUAAUUAUGAAUGGAGAACCUUCGAACUUUAAAAUAUCCAUUAAUCAAACUAAUUAUGAAUGGAGAACCUUCGACCAUU